UCUGAGUAGCCGGUGCGGAAGGGUCCGGCCCGGCCCAGGUCGGAACAAAGCGUCGGCGACGCAGCAGGCCCAGCAUGGCGGCGCGGCCGGCCCGGCUCCGCCUGUGGAUGCUCCUGCAUCUGCUGCCGCAGGUGUACUGUGAGUAUGGGAUGGUACACGUCCUUUCAGAGAAGGGGAGCAACAAAGGAAAAGACUACUGCAUUCUCUUCAACUCUCAGUGGGCCCAUUUGCCACAUGAUCUGGGUAAAGCUUCACUCUUGCAACUGCAGGAUCAGACAGCAUCUGUUCUGUGUUCUCCUUCUGAUGUACCUGAUGGGGGAUUUAAUAAUCAAAUACCCAUGGUGAUGCGAGGAAAUUGCACCUUCUAUGAAAAAGUGAGGCUUGCUCAGAUAAAUGGAGCUCGUGGUCUGCUGAUUGUUAGUAGAGAGAGACUGGUUCCUCCUGGAGGUAAUAGGAGUCAGUACGAAGAGAUUGAUAUUCCUGUGGCUCUGCUUAGCUAUACUGAUAUGUUAGAUAUUGGCAAGAGUUUUGGCAGCUCAGUGAAAGGAGCAAUGUAUGCACCAAAUGAGCCUGUGCUGGACUAUAACAUGGUGAUAAUCUUUGUCAUGGCCGUGGGGACUGUUGCAAUUGGAGGCUACUGGGCAGGAAGCAGAGAUGUGAAAAAGAGGUACAUGAAGCACAAGCGUGAUGAUGGGGCGGAGAAACACGAUGAUGAAACAGUGGAUGUAACUCCCAUAAUGAUCUGUGUGUUUGUAGUGAUGUGCUGCUCAAUGCUCGUCCUCCUUUAUUUCUUCUAUGACCACUUAGUCUAUGUUAUAAUAGGAAUAUUCUGCCUGGCUGCCUCGAUUGGUCUUUACAGUUGUCUGUCUCCCUUUGUAAGAAGAUUCCCCUUGGGAAAGUGUAGAAUCCCAGACAACAACUUGCCUUAUUUUCAUAAGCGUCCCCAGGUCCGGAUGUUGCUCUUGGCAGUAUUUUGUAUCUCUGUCAGUGUAGUCUGGGGAAUCUUCAGAAAUGAAGAUCAGUGGGCCUGGGUUCUGCAAGACGCUUUAGGAAUUGCUUUCUGUCUUUACAUGUUGAAAACAAUUCGCCUGCCUACAUUUAAGGGUUGUACCUUACUCCUCCUGGUUCUUUUUGUGUAUGAUGUAUUCUUUGUAUUUAUCACACCUUUUCUAACAAAGACUGGGGAGAGUAUAAUGGUGGAGGUGGCUGCGGGCCCAUCUGAUUCUGCCACUCAUGAAAAGCUCCCAAUGGUCCUGAAGGUUCCACGGCUGAAUUCCUCACCAUUGGCUCUAUGUGACAGGCCUUUUUCUCUCCUAGGAUUCGGAGACAUUUUAGUUCCAGGCUUACUGGUAGCCUAUUGCCAUAGAUUUGAUAUUCAGGUGCAGUCAUCCAGAGUCUAUUUUGUAGCCUGCACAAUAGCUUAUGGCAUAGGCCUUCUUGUGACCUUUGUUGCCUUGGCACUGAUGCAGAUGGGGCAGCCUGCUCUCCUCUACCUGGUGCCCUGUACUCUCCUCACCAGCUUCGUGGUGGCCCUUUGGAGAAGGGAGCUUGCCAUGUUCUGGACGGGCAGCGGCUUUGCGAAAGACCUACCUCAGCCUCCUGUGGUGAUAGCUCCAGUCAACUGCCCUCAGCUUCCCAAAGACAGCAGUGUACCAUCCUCUCAACAAGACACAGAACAAAUGACCAAUCCCACCCUCCACGUGAAGGAGCUGCACAGCUCCGCCUCGACUGAAGAAGGAUUGGCUGAUACCAGCACAAAGACAGAUCAGUCAGAAAUCUCUGUUGCCCACAGUGAGGAACCAACUGCUCAGAAUAAGGAUGACCUUGAAAACAAAUGCCUAAAUGCAGAACAAAACCAGUUGGAAUAAGUGAUGUGAUUAAGAACUCCUUCUUUCCCUCACAAACAUAUCUAUAUAAAACCAGUAUGUAUUCAGGACUGAUUUAGUAGGGUUUGCUUUCUUUGAGGAACCUCAGUAGGAGUCUGAUCAUCAAAUCCAACAAGGAAUGUUCUGUCUCCAGCUUUGGUACAGCUAUAUACUUUAAAACAUCUUUCUGAAAUAUGGUGCUCUCCAGGAGUUCUGACGUGUGGGUUUCAAUGAUCACUGUUAGUGAAUGCCUUUGACCAUUUGUUCCAUUUGCAUUAUAGCAGGGUAGCAUCAAGAGUCUGUUUACUCAGUACUUGGUGCUUGUGUGGCUGUUAUGCUGCUUUACCAUGGUGUAGGUUACACAGAGGAAGAGCAUUGAAUGAGUCUGCUACAAUGCUUACUUGAGAGAAACACUGUCUCUUUUUAUUUUUUUUUGCCACUUUCCCUAUUGUCCCCAUUUACUUCUCCUGACUUGUCAAAGCCAUUGACAUAAUGGAAUGCAUUAUUAUAAACUGACAUUCAGAAAAUGCAGAGAAUGGUUAAAUUAUCAUUACUCCAAAAGGCUUUAUGCUACCAUGGUGCAUUAAAUGCAUCUCUUAACUUUUGUCUUUGUUUUUACUUCUAGGUACCUGGGCUACUAGUCUAGUUUAAAAGGCAGGGUGAGUAGAGCUCCAGGAAGCUUUCUAGGCAUUCAUGUGAACUCUAAGGGCUCUGAUAAUAAGCAAGGUUGGUCACUGCCUGGAAGCAAAUGCAUAUUAGGAAUGUUUAGAAAUAAUAUAUAAGCCAAAUAGGUUAAAAAAAAAUUAGGUAGUAGCACUAUACUAAGCUUAACAGGCAGAUAAAUGUUAAAGGCAGGAAAAUGUUAAACCGCAAAUGUUCGUAUGUUUGGGGCUUUGAGCUUCUAUUUGUUGUUCAUUCAAGGAAUAUAGUUGUGAUUUCUGAUUCUGAAGAAAAUAGUUUGUUUUUUUGUUUCCAAUGGAGCACAUGUGAUGCUAGAGACAGUUGUGAUUUAAAAGCUACUUGCUGCUCAGUAACUUACCAACUGCCUAAGUCAUGUUUUGUCUUUUUCUCAAGAGCAGCCAAAGCAUCGUCUGUCAGGUUCUGGAAUGAGCCUGGGAGCUCAACUGUUAUUUUGCAUCUCUUGCUACAUUGUGAAGGAAUUUGUGAAUUUAAAAAAUUUUGAGUGCAGCUGGUCUUACUUCAGAUUCCUGAAAUUGUGUGUUUUCCUGUAUAACCCAAUUGAGUCUUUUAUGCAUCAGCUUUUGUACCUGGAAAGAUGAUGGGAUUUGCGUAUUACUUGUCCAUCUAAGUAUAUUCAGCUUUAUCAGAGGAGUAUGUUCUGCACUUCAGCUGCAGUUACAGAAAGCCUCAAACUCUUCACAUGAAAACUGAAAUAGAAAAUUGAAGUAUUAUUGGAUCCUUGGAUAUGAUUCCAGAUUGCAUGGAAGAAAUACUCUUGAGUAUUUGUGAGCCCAAAAUGUCAUUUACAAAAGCAUUGUUGCAGUGAUGCAAUUAGAGGCAUUACUGUUAAAUUGAGAGUCUCCAGUUGGCAUGUUGAAUUGAAGUUGAAGGGCUCUCUUUUCAAGACUGUCUGUUAAAUAUCAGCCAUUGUAUUUUUGGCUAGGUCUUCCAAAAAUUUGCCUUGUGCUUUUUGGAUGAAAGCUUCUGUGGGCAGUGUGGGCAUUCUUUCUCUAGAAUGUGAGCAGCUUUAUCUAAAACCACACUCUGGCUUCAGACUUUCACCAGCUCCUGCUUAGAGCGUUGAACCUUGUCUGAUAGGAUGAUUUAUUAAGUUUUUUGGAAGGCUCCCUGAGUCCAGUGGCCAACACUACAUUUAAUUUACAAAUUGCCCUAAUGGAAGAUAUUGCAAGAGUGAUCUGGUUUUUUGUCUCCUCUUUAAUGGACCGUUUCUUUGGCCAGAAGUAACCUGAGCCGGUUAUUACUAAUAAAAAGCGACAGAAACAUUUUACUGAAAACUUCAGUCAGCUGGAUUAUGCCUUAAGUCAUUGUGUAAGUAUGGUUAUUAAAUUAAGAAAACAAUCUUGUCUUUAAAUAAUUAACUUGACAAAUAGCAAGGUAAGUUGGAGACUGAUUCAAGUUCUAUUGGUUUUUGCCUUGAUCAUCUCUUAGUCAGAAUGUUGUUUGGAGUAGCUUUCUACAUUUAAAAGCUAUUAGCUUUCUGAUGACGAAGCAUUAGGUAUUUAUCAUCUUCUUGAAAGUGUACUUUUGCAUUUGUUCUCCUGUGUGGUUAGGAAACCGUUUGUUUCUCAGAUUGUUCAUAGCUCAGUUGAAACAGAAGAACUGGUCAUGGUGAACUAGGCAUUUCACAAUUGCAUUCUGGACAGAUCUGCUUCAUCUCAACUUUUGGGGAAUUUCCAUCUAUUUUUAAAUGUAACUUUUUUCUCUCCCAAACCACAAAGAAUGCAGGAAAAAAAAACCAAAAAAAACCAAUAGCUUCUCAGUGCUGUUGUUCUCCAGUUAAAGCAUGUGAAGUGGAGAAAUUACAGAUUUUGACUAUCUCAGUACUGUACAAAUCAGGUGAGCCUGGUGUUCCAGUUUGGCUGUGACUGUUCAGACCCUGAUCCUGUGCAGUUCAAUUGCUUCCAUCAAAAACCAAGGCUGUAUUUCUUUUGUUUUAAAAAUCUCCCUGAUCAGCUUAAUUUAAAACUUAAUGUUGUAUAGGAGAACAUGCAUAUCAGUUCAGUGUGACUGACUAAUUUUAUUUGAUGAUUUCAGAUACACAUUCCACACCAAACUUGAGUAUGAAUAAUUAAAGUAAUGAAAGUAAUACUAAUGUUAAAAAUAAUGUUGAUAGGUUCCUUGUUUAUGUCUUUCGCAUACUAAGCCUUGUCUGUCUAGAAAUUCAGUAAGAGUUCUGUUCCUGAGAAUUUGUAUGUGUUCAGGAGAAGCAUUUAUUUUAGUCAAAAAAAAACCCGAACUAACACAAAACCCCCAACAACGACCAACACCACUAAAACAAAAAUCCAUUUGAGAAAAUUUGACUCUUUGGAUCACAAUAAUGAGAAUCAGAUUCAUUCCUCAAGUGUUUGUUUUGGUCUAUUCCCUCCUGAAGGAGGAUUACCCAAAUGCAACUGAAGGUAGAGUGGAAUAUGAAAGACUUUACUGAGGGUGACAAGAAAAAAGUAUCCUAAUUCCUCUUUAAAUUUCACAGAUUUUAUUUUUCUGGUUAAAAUGAAGAGCAUUUUAAAUGAAAUAUAUAAAAAAGAAACACAAAAUAAUAGAUUUGAAAAUAUAUUCUGUUUUUUACCAGUAGCACUAAUAAAAAUGCAUCUACAUAUAUAAGAAUCACCCUUGUGAAAAUAUUAAAUGUUUUCUCUAAACGUGGACAGAUGCCAGACAACAGAAAAUCUGCAGCACAGCCUAUUUUCCAAAAGGUUUAUUAACAUGUUUCAUAGAAAACUUUAUUUAGAAAACUGUUUGUUUCCAAAUUGCUUUAACAUUUUCCAUGGUCUUGCAUAAUUGCUCAAGCUUUUCCUUCAGAGGAUACUCUUUCCUUCCAGUACCCCUCAGUACGGCUAUUGUUAAGAAUAUCUUGACAGAAUUUUUCACCCAUACACACUGCAGUGUUUCAGCUUGGUUUUUGCAUUCCUGAUGUGUUGUUCCAACUGGGAAUAGACCAUCAUUACCAUUGUAGUGCCUGUUGACUUCUGAGUAUGCUGGAAACUGGUGCUGGCUGUGGAGCCAGACAGAACCCAGAGAGUACUCUGUAUUGAAAUAACAGCAUUGUGAGCUUACAUACUAUGACUGUAGUCAUUAAUGAAUCAGUCUGCCUUGGGGAAAUGCUGUGGAUUUACCUGCAGCUCUUUAAAAAAAACAGUACUGGAUGCUUGAGAACAGUGUUGCCUUGAAGUUAAAGCUCACAUGUGCUGUUUUAGUGCAAGUACUUUUGUUCUUGUCUUUAGCCCCGUGGCUCUCUGUGUUUAUGGUUUGUUGCACUACACAGGAUGUAAGGCACAUGAUACUUCUUUUUAAGAGCAGCUUCAUUGACUGGCUAUGAACAAACCAGAGUAUUCUGUACAUGCUUUCAGCAUUUGGGGUGUUACUUUUAGUACUGAGGGCUGAAUAUGCUGGCCAAGCAGCAGUGUAUACAACUAAUGAUUAUCAGCACUUGGCAUGUAGCACAUUGACAAAAAAUGUGAAAUACAGACAGUAGAUCCAAAUACUCAUCCAAAGCCUGCAGAGAUGGUGCUUUUUUCCAUGACAAAUACAAUCUGAUGUUUUAAAACAUCAGAGAUUAUAGUAUGGUUAUAUAUAUUAUUAUAUAAUAUUAUAUAGUAUUAUAGUACCAUAUAUAAUAAUAUAUAUAUAUAUAUAUAUAUAUAUAUAAAACUAAUAUAGCCCUAUUAUAGUAGGGCUGUGUCUUCAGGUAAAUGAGGACAGGAACUACAGUCAGAGGUCCAGGAAACAUCAUCAGCAAGGAACAAUGAAUCUUUAGGUAUUUUAAUCUCGCGUGUGGUUUCCUGGCUGGGGCAGGACGUGAAGAACGGAGCUGCACUAACAGUUUUCCAGUUUAUGUAUUUGCCAGUGGUGCUGGGUAGGGUGGAGAGAGGGAGGAAAAAACUGAAGAUGACUCAGAAAGCAUGAGAAGAAAUUGAACAAGAAAGGCAGUGGAAGAGUUUACUCCAAAGAGAAGACCUAAGAGCAUGAUAAAUAUCCAAAAAUCUGAAAUGCUUCUGCAAAUUGGGAAAAAAAAUUGUCAUUUUCAAGUAGGGAUGACAUUAGAAUUAAUAGAUUAAAAUUACAAUAAGGAAAUUUUGGCACUGAUGGUAGGAAAAAUCUAGAAGUAGCUGACACGUGAAAGGUUCAGUGAAUCAGGGCAAUGCCUAGUGCAUGAGCUGCUUUGGUUCUGCAAGGAGAGAAUUGAACCACACCAACCAGAUUAAUUUCAUACCACUGGCAGUUGGGGCCAGCCAAGAAGCCCUGGCCUACCUGCCCAGAUAUAGCCUGAGCAUCAGGAUUCCUGGGUUUAAUGAUGUUAUGGCAUGAACUUUAUCCCAGAGUACUCAAUUUCUAUAUCAUGGAUCUGUCAGAGUGUUCUGUAACUGCUGUGAUGGACAGUUCAGCUCUUGUGAGACAAAGACUGUUUUCUGCUACUUUAAAUCCUCUGGAAAGAAACCACAUCAAUUUUAGUCUUUUUUGUCUUUGUUUAAUUGCUUCUGGCAUCCUGGAACAUUUUCAAAACAAGAGAGCUUUGUGUGCAGAAGGUUUGUUUAGGCUGUGGUAUAAAAGAACUUUGUUUUCACUGAUCCUCUCUAUCAUCUCUAUUUAUCAUUUAUGUGCUCUUCUGUGAGGGUUCCAACUUUUUCAGUUUUGCAGUUAAAUAUUCAAAGUAUAUGGAGUAAAGAUGACAUUUUGCCAUCUGUAGAUUAGUGAUAGGUAAUGAAUAAUGUGUUUAAAUUGGAUUCUCUUGAAUUGGGAACAAGUAUACUGUACAAAAUCAUCUAUAAUUUCAGGAACUAAAACUUCAUGUGACUUAACUUCAUGUGAUGCAGGGGCUCAGGAUUGGUUCUGUUUCCCAGAAGCUGUUGGUGAGUCCAGCAUCCAGGAGUUAUGGGUACACAUGCUCCUAGGGUUAUUUGGAGCCACCUUCCUUAGGUGAAGGUGGCAUUGCAGUUUAUCCAAUUUUCUCAUAAUAUUUUUCUGUAUGUCAGCAUGCAAGUUUAGCUCCAGAUGGCAAACUUCAUCCAGGUGUUUGCCUCUGAGAAAUUCUGAGAUGAUCUGCAAGCUAGGGUUUUUUUUGGUUGAGAACUGCUUCCUACUGAUAGACGUGCACUGUAUGUUGUGAACUGACUUUGGUUCAUGUAAAUAUUGGUCAGCUGCAAAUAUGCAGAGACAUGGUUUCAAAGUAAACUAGCUCAUCACCAGCUCAUGCCCCAUCCCUGGAAGUUCAAGGCUAGGCUGGAUGUAGCCCUGAGCAACCUGAAUCUAGUGCAGGGGCUGGAAUGAGGUGAUCUUAAAGGUCCCUUCCAACCCAAACCAUUUUGUGAUUCUGAGAUUCUUUCAUAACUUUAAAAAAUGGUGGCUUGGGCUGGUAGGAGCCCUGCAGUAGCAGACAGCCAGCACCUCAAAGCAGUGCUGAAAGAUGUCCAGCCCUGAGAAUGUGGCACUUGGCAUGUGCAGCAACACCCUGUUCCAUCGGUGCACUGAGGCCAGUGAGGUUUCCCAGAGCCCGACCUUUGGGGGUGGGGUUGCACACUAGAGUUGUAUCUGAUGUUGUUUCCAAUAGAGUAACUUCUUCCUUAAGUCUGAGGUUUGGAAUGGAUAGAAAUAGCUCUUCAUCUGAAACAUGUAUCUGUAGUCAGUACAUGGCCACAAACCUGGCUCUGCUCCAUGUUGAUCCAAGCCUUGAACGUGGUGGAUGGUGGGAAGAUGGUGAUGUUUGGGGAGGAGCACAGUCCUUUACGUGCAUUCCCCAGCAAGGAACCAGAAGAGAGUGUUAUUCUUCUGCUCUGACUGAAGUUGUUCUGAUUUAUGUUGAACAAAAACUUUAAAACAGUGAUUCAGUUUUAGUUUGACAACAUAUAAAACAACUCAGAGUGGCAUAGUUUAAUUUGGUUUGGGUCAUAAUUUACUUCCUUCAUAAUCAGUAGUGAAGACUUCAAAAUAUGUAUAUCAGAGAUGGUACAGCAGACCCAAAAUUGGCAGCAAGGCUGUGUUGGAAACAGGCUGAUUGCUCUGAUAGCUAAUUAGUGCAGUGGUCCACCUCUGCUGGGGUGAGCAUGUCACCAGUUUGUCUUCAACUCGUGCUUUGCCACUUGUGUCCUCCAGUGACCUUUUGACUCUCAAACUCUCCUAGAGAGUCCCACAGCCAGCACUCGUUGUGGGAGAGCAAGAAGGAAUCUCAGUGCACCCCUGGUGCUGCAUGAAAAGCAUGAAACGGAAUUGACCACUGUGCUCAGCCUGGGGCCUGGGCCACGUGCUGUGUUCCUCAUGGGGCUGAACACAUGAGACCUCUUCCGUCCUAAAGCCACUGAUAGGAACUAUGAGCUCUAGUACUUUCAGCCUAGCCACACAGGAAAGCAAAACCUGAGAAAAAUCUGAAUUUACACCCCUGCCCAUGGGUGCUUUGCUCAUUGCUGAUGCUCGUUGCUCGUGUUCCUUCAAGGCUGGAGGAACUGGGGUCUGAUAACCUGCCAUUAACCCAUGAGCCCCCUGUGACUGACCCCUGCUAGUGUUACUUUAAUAAAACUGAAUCAGAAAUGCUUUAGGUGUGGAUUGGUGGGAGGCUGGAAGCAAAAAUUUCAAGCAGUAUAAAGAUGAUUUACAAGAUAAGACCCAUUUGCUUUAUGCUUGUUUCUUGGAUGCUUGACAGUAGCUGCUUUUAGAGAAGUUGAUCCUUGGAGAUAACAUUAUCAGUAGAACAGUCUUAAAUGUCUGGUGUCUUUGUGGAAGGACUUUAUAAUGGUGUUCAAAUAGUAGUAUGUAGGAUAGUGUUAUGAAGAGUGCAAACGAAAAGAUUGUUAGUCUUAACACUUGCAAAUGCAUCUGUUUACCUCUGCAUAUGUAUGCAUGAAGAAUAAACUUUAUGCUCAUUUCAGGUACUGAAGGAAAGAUUUUCUCUUGAUACAAUGUAUUAUAUGUUUUUGCCAUUUUAAGAUCUUCUAUGCAGUUUGGCCCCUUAGUAAAUUUUUUUAAAAAUUAGAAAAAAACCCACACUAUAAAAUAGCCCCUUCAAAAAAAGAACAGCUAAGAAAGUUAGCCAGUGUAGGAGACUGGUAUGAAAACUUGCUUGGAGCAUUUUUCCUGGAAAAAAAAUUUCAAAGAAGCUAUGGAAAUGAAGUACAGAUGAGACAAAAAGAAUGAGGAAUUUAGUUCUCCAUAAGGAUGUAGUCAGUGAUGCUGAUAAAAUUAAUGUCCUUCCCUGAGUCCCUGGUUCCUAUCUUGUAUUUCAUUUACUUUGUUAGCCAGUCUGUCAGUGGCAUACACCACGUGUAUCAUUUCCACAGCUGUAGCUGAUUGUGGGGUUGUCAAUUCCCUAUGGGAAGAGGGUCCCUCCCCUCACACAGGCUAUUACUUGAUGACUUGCAAAAUUGUGCAUAUUGCAUCAUAUCUGCAAGGACAGAUAAAUCAGUAAUUCUGUGACUUUUGUCUAUGAUACAAGUAUCUUCUGUCUAUGGUACAAGAUAUUUUUUCUGCUGUUAUUGUUUGCAAGUAGUAACAAAGAACUGACUGUGUCACCUUAUGGAUCCCUUCCUGUGCCGACACUAGGAGAGAGCCAUUGCAAAGACCAAGGGAAAAAGCGAGUUUGUUUCCAAGUAGUAAAAACCAUUUUUGUCAAACAUUUCUAUUUUUCUGAAACUGUAGGUCUUACCUUAGUACAUGCAUCAGAUUUUCAGUUCAGUCUGGGUGGCCCUUUCCCACCCUAUAUCUGUAUGGAUCUUUAUGGUUUUGAUUCCAGCCUUCCUUCUGGCUGAGUUACAGCCUUGUAUCCAAUUGCACAGCACAUCAUAAUAUAUAUUUUUUUACAUGUAUAUACAUUGUAAUACAUAGGAUUUCCAGUUACCAGAUGUAGAUUAGCUUUCCUUCUGUAAUGUAACAUGGAAAAAGCCCUAUUUCAAAAUUAACAGUAAUGGCAGAAUCUUAAGACAAAGAGAUCAGAAAUAUUCCAAGGGUUUCUGCAGAAUUAAUUUUCUAUGGAAUACUGAAACCUCUUUCAGGCAUAUGUAGAUACAAUGAAAGAAAACAAACUUGAAAAUGACUGGUCAGCUAGUCAGAUUGCAGUAGUUUGUUUUUUUCCUCCUGUUUUGCUUUUAAAAAACAUUGGAAUUUCUUUUAGUCUGUUUUAGUUUAAAACUGUAUAAAUUUUCUAAAAGUGUCAAAUAAAGAUACUUAAUUUUUGAA